GCGGCGGUUGACGUCAGGGCGCUCUGGGCAUGGGCAGGUGGAGGGAGCAGCCAAAGUUUGGCAGGCGCUGACGGGAGGCGGCGGCGGCGGCGGGGCCGGGCUCGGGGCCGCGGCCGCUCCUCAGGGGUCCCCCGGUACCUCAGGGUCCUCCCCCCCCUCGGUACCUCAGGGGUCCCCCCCCUCAGCUUUGGGGACCGCAGCCAUGGCGGAGGAGCCCAGCGCGCUGCCCUGGUCCAUCAACAAGGAUGAUUACGAGCUGCAGGAGGUCAUCGGGAGCGGAGCGACUGCAGUGGUGCAGGCAGCCUUCUGUGCUCCGAAGAAGGAGAAGGUUGCGAUUAAACGGAUCAAUCUGGAGAAGUGUCAGACCAGCAUGGACGAGCUCCUGAAAGAAAUUCAAGCGAUGAGUCAGUGCCAUCACCCCAACAUCGUAUCUUACUACACCUCCUUCGUGGUGAAGGAUGAGCUUUGGCUGGUGAUGAAGUUGCUCAGUGGAGGCUCUGUUUUGGAUAUUAUAAAGCACAUCGUGGCCAAAGGAGAACACAAGACCGGCGUCCUGGAUGAACCCUGUAUAGCCACAAUCCUCAAGGAGGUGCUGGAGGGGCUGGACUACCUGCAUAAAAACGGGCAAAUCCACAGGGAUGUGAAAGCAGGAAAUAUUCUUCUCGGAGAAGAUGGCUCAGGUGCAAAUUGCAGCAAAUUGCCAUUCACCACUGCCUGCAUCAUCUUCUCCUCGGGCUUUGUUCGCCGUCAGCGCUCGAACAGCCUGAGCUUUGCAGAAGAGCAGCCCUCAGUACCACUGCAGCGAGUUUUUGACGUGCGAGGAGCAAGGUGCUCAGAAGAAUUUUGGGUGAAUGCACAGUGCAUCUUCGAGUAUCCUGCAGCCUGUGGAAAAUGCUUCAAGCGAGGGAACCCUGUGCAGGGUGUCUGCAAGGCAUCCCCUGUGAGGCUCAGGCAUGACUUCGGCGUCAGCGCGUUUUUGGCCACUGGUGGCGACAUUACCAGAAAUAAAGUCAGGAAAACCUUUGUGGGCACACCUUGCUGGAUGGCACCAGAAGUGAUGGAACAGGUCAGAGGUUACGAUUUCAAGGCAGACAUCUGGAGCUUUGGGAUCACUGCUAUCGAACUGGCUACAGGGGCAGCUCCUUACCAUAAAUACCCUCCGAUGAAGGUGUUAAUGUUGACGCUACAAAACGAUCCUCCGUCUUUGGAAACGGGCGUGCAAGACAAAGAGAUGCUGAAGAAGUAUGGGAAAUCCUUUAGGAAGAUGAUCUCUUCAUGCCUACAAAAAGACCCGGAGAAAAGACCGACAGCAGCAGAACUUUUAAGACACAAAUUUUUCACGAAAGCAAAGAAUAAAGAGUUUUUACAAGAGAAGAUGUUGCAGAGAGCACCGACAAUUACUGAAAGAUCCAAAAAGGUAAGGAGAGUCCCAGGUUCCAGUGGACGUCUUCAUAAGACUGAAGAUGGUGGCUGGGAGUGGAGUGAUGAUGAACUAGAUGAAGAAAGUGAGGAAGGCAGAGCAGCAAUUUCACAGCUCAGGUCUCCCAGAGUGAAAGAACCUGUACAGAAUUCAGAGCUAUUCCCAUCAGCCGAGCCGCCAGGUCCUUCGCUCAGUGCUCCAGCACAGGCACCUACUCAACUACCUCAGGCUGCAGGACAAGUACCUGCACAACCUCAAGCUGCUGUACCUCCACCUAGCCAGGCUCCUCCAGCAGCCCCGGCAGCAGCCCAGGCCCCACCUGCCCCUGCUGCAGCUCCGGUACAGGAAGAUACGAAAGUCCCCAUCAGCCUCGUACUAAGGUUAAGGAAUUCGAAAAAAGAGCUCAAUGAUAUCCGAUUUGAAUUUACCCCAGGGAGAGAUACUGCUGAUGGUGUGUCUCAAGAACUAAUUUCAGCAGGGCUUGUUGAUGGCAGAGAUCUGGUAAUAGUCGCAGCUAAUUUGCAGAAAAUUGUGGAAGAGCCCCAGGCAAACAGAUCCGUCACUUUCAAACUGGCGUCCGGUGUCGAAGGCUCAGAUAUUCCUGAUGAUGGCAAACUUAUAGGAUUUGCACAGCUCAGCAUCAGCUAAACAAUGGUCCCAGGAGAUGUUUCCCAACAGAGAACCCACAUGUGCAUAUUCGUAAUGCUUCUGUUAGCCUAAAAAAAAAAACCACUACUGCCAAAGAAUUGAACUACAGCCCCCUUCCUAGAAGCUUUAACAUUUUCCUUAAUAGGAUCACAAACCUUCCUGAAAUUACCGAUGGCGUUUACACCUUUUGUAAACAAGUCUCAUGUUUUUGUAUGUCAUCUCAAACAUGCAGAUCCAACAUGUCAUUGCCUGCAUGUUCGUUUUAUUAUUGCCUUACUUUAAAGAAAAAUACUACUGAGUACGAAGCGGGGGUUCCACUGCUCUGAUGAUCUCGCCUAAAUGUUUGCUUACAUGUGGUUUCAUUUUUUUUCACUUGCUAUUUUUGCACAAGUUUUAAUACUGAAUGGAUCUUUUUUUUUUUUGUUCUUUACCUUCUCCUUCCACCUGAAACACCAAUGUACAUGUUGUUUGGGUCACCUGGAGUGCUGAGAAAUCUGCUUCUCUUCAGCUGUAUUUUUAAAACUGCUGGUUUGAAUGCUUGCACCUAAGAAAGCAAGCCAAGUCUUAACCCACAGGAGGGAGAGCCAUCUUCCCUUGUGUUUGCGUUCCUGAGAAGUUCCUUGACUUCGAGGUGUUAGAAGUCAGCUUCCCUUUGUAAACUGCCUUAAGUUUUUUGCUUUUUUAUAUAUCAUUUGGGUUCUUUCCACAUGAGUGCCAGGCGUGGCAUGAGGGCUGAACCUGUUGAUUUACGUUAAGCAGUCCUUCCGCAAACCAUGUCCUUCAUCCUGCGUCCGUAGAUGUAGUCGGUCCGCAAAGCAGAACAAUGAGGCGCUGCUGUCUGGACGCUGGUCUUGCAGCUGAUCAACAACCCAACUGUAUUUGUUGUCAGAGGGAGAGGAGAUCUGUGUCACUCUGCGUGUGGAAAAGAUGCACUUGGAACUGUUCUCCAGACCCGGCCUGUUAUGCCCGGCUGUGCGAGUCCUCCCCGACGUGUUUCCCAGUCCUUUGCAAACUGGUACUCGUGGAACCAUCCCUGUCGUGUUUUACAGCAAUAAGGAACUGCCAGUAGAGUGGUAUUACUGGGCAAGCGAGCACCGGACUGUGUCCCUCCUGCACUAAUCGCUUGGGUCGUCAGCUGUGGCGGCGGCCCGAGCCUCGCCGUUUGAUCAGGAUGUCACUGAAACCCUGUCACACACGUAUUUAGGUUGUAUUUCUAUGUGGUGUUGAAUUUGAAUUUCUACAUGAAUAAUAUAAAUUAUACUUUGCGUUUGAUAAGAGACACUUGUAAUGCAAUAUGUGAAUAAUAAAUGGUGUUGAUUUUUUUUUCCUACUGUUUCACAGUUGGCCUUUGUAACUGCUAUUGGCUCUGGAGUGUUUUCUACACAGAAAUUAGAAGCCUGUAAUUUAACACACAGAUGGAAACGUGUUUGGUUUCCAUCAGCCACAAACAAUGCAGAAACAGAGUGUUAAAGCAGAACGACUGGGUUCAAUCAGGACUUAUUUUUAUUUCCAAGUCUUCUGAUGAACAAUCUAUAUUUAUAUUUUUUUUUUUCCUCUACGAGCAGCUGCGGAAGCUCCCUGCCUUGUGCAUGCUCUUUUUAUACUGCCCUAGUUUCUUUUAGCCUGUAGGUGGGUGUUGGCUCUGUCCCCAUGGAGCUGCCGGCUCUCUGCAGCCCCGGGACUGCUGAGAGGGAAGGCGAAGGAGAGGAGGAGGAGAGCCUGGGAGUGAGAGCACCCUGGGGUGCUGAGCAGGAGCCCUGACCAGCCAAGGAGGUGGGUGCCAGGAGUUGAUGGGGGCUGGGUUUGGCCACUUGUGUGCUUGCCAGCUGUGCCACAAGAGAAAAAAAAAAGAAAAAUUUGACACAAAGCACUCCCGAGGGCUUCCCCCAGUGAGCCUCUUGGCUUGGGGAAAGCGGGCUGGCACCCAGACUUCUCGUGUCGCCCCGUGGCUGAUGACGACGUGGUCAUGGUGCAGUGUGUGCAGUGUUAUUCCUCCUCCUGCCUGCACACCCUGGGGGCCUCCUGGGUCCUGGUGCUGAGAGAGGUGGGACUCGAACCGCUCACGUGUGACAACACAGCCUCUAUUUAUUAAGUUAUCCCCCACCUUCCCAACACCAGGACUCGGAGUGUGAGUUUGCACCGACCCGGGACUCGUUAGUUCUUCACGGGAGAAAAUCAGCAAGCAACUGAUGUCAUUUGCUCUGUAGCUCUCCAGGCGUUUUGGGUAGCAAUCCAAAAAUUUCUACUUGGGCUAUUACAGUGCUAGACAACUGUCUUUUCUGAUGUUGUUCCAGUAAGUGCCAAUGCUGUUCAUAAUUGUUUUCCAGUGUCAUUAUGGAUUUUUUUUUUUUUUUUUCUGUGUGAAUUUCUGAUCCGAACCUGAAAGCAGGCGGUAAUUUUAAGUUCCUACUUUUAAGGACAAUGCUCUGUUAAUGAAAACGGAUCCUCUUCACAACUUUGGUGUAUUGUAGACUAUAAUGAGAGAUGUAAAAUAUUCAGGCUUUUUUUUUUUUCCCCUUUUUUGGACUUUGUAUUUUACUGCAUGUCUCUAAUUUUUAAUCAAUAAAGAACAAAUUGUCCAUU